AUGACCACAUAUGAGAAGAUAGUUAAAGGGGCCACCAAGGUCAAAGUGGCGGCUCCCAAACUGAAAUACAUCGAGCCGAUUCUAUUGGCGACUCUGGUCCACCACCCUACAGAAGUGGAAAACUUCAAUACCAUCAUGAGGACUUUACAGAUAAGGCUCCGGGAUAGCGCUUGGUCGGUGGUUUAUAAGGCUUUGAUUGUGAUACACAUCAUGAUUCGGGAAGGUGAUAAGGAUUUCACCCUUAAAUACAUUGGUGAAAGAAUGCCAAAUUUAUUAAGUUUAGAUCAAUCCUCGAUUUCCCGGAGCACUGGGAUGACUAGUGAUGUCAAAUUCAUCUUGAAGUAUUCAAAAUACUUACAGACCCGAGUGAAGCAGUACCAUGCUACAAAAACAGACUAUGUUAGAGAUGAAAGAUCUAAUAAUAGUACCGACCAAACAGGAGGAAGAUUGAGAUUCUUAUCGGUUGAAAGAGGGUUGUUGAGAGAGUCCGAAAGUGUCCAAAAGCAAAUCGACUCGCUCUUGAAGAACAACUUCAUGGAGAAUGAUGUUAACAACGAUGUGAUAUUGACGUCUUUUAGGUUAUUGGUAAAUGAUCUUUUAGCAUUGUUUCAGGAGUUGAAUGAGGGUGUUAUUAAUCUCCUAGAACAUUAUUUUGAAAUGUCCAAGGUUGAUGCCGAGAGAGCCUUGCUCAUCUACAAAAAGUAUGUGGACCAGACUAAGUAUGUGGUUGAUUAUUUGAGAGUUGCAAAGCAUUUGGAACAUUCCACCAAACUUCAUGUUCCUACCAUUAAGCAUGCGCCUACCGCGUUAACUUCAUCAUUGGAAGAGUACUUAAAUGAUCCAAACUUUGAGGACAAUAGAAGACAGUAUCUCCUUGAGAAGAGCUUAAAGAAAGACGCCAGUUCUCCAUCCAAAACUCCUAGUAUUUUACAGAGACCACCAGCGCAAUCUCAGGCUCCGGUUCAGGCUAUCGCGCAGACUCAAAAUGGUCAGGCUAAUAAUGGUAAUGGUGUGGGGCUUCAACGUUCAAACACUCUCAUUGUGCAACAGAGCACCUUCAAUCCAUGGGAGCAACAACUUCAACAGGUGUACCAUACUGGUGGGGUGGUUUCCAUGGCUCCUAUUCAACAGGGUCAAACUUUCCAGCCUCAACAGACGUUCCAGGCUCAGCCAACUUUCCAGCCUCAGCAGACGUUCCAGCCUCAGCCAACUUUCCAAGCCCAACCAGCUUUCCAGGCCCAACCACAGGUUGCUCAACUGAACUCACCCUUUGCUCAAACCCUGGGUCCUCUGUUGAACCCAGCAUUUACCGGCAAUGGCUUUGGUGGAUAUGGUCCUCAACAAACCGCCCAACCGCAAGUUCAAGUGCAAUCUACGGGUAACAAUCCAUUUUUGCAAAGUAUGGCUACGGGGAACCAGGUUGCUCCACCGCAGAAUCAGCAACCAUUUGUGCCCCAAUCGAUCCAGACUCAACCAUUUGCGCAACAGACCCAGGCUCAGCCAUUUGUGCAACAGCCACCCCAACAGUUCCAGCCACAAUAUACUCAGCAGACUCAACCUCAACCACUUCAUCCCCAAAGCACCAAUCCUUUUGCAUCCAUGACUGGCAACGGCAGAGCUCUGUUUAUUGCUCGCGACCACACUGCGAACCCUUUUGCAAACAGUAGAUUUUCGGGAGAAAGCAACACCACUGCUCUCACGUUUGGAGGAUCUCAACAAAAGCAAGAGCCUAUUAGAGCCACUGCUACUGGGUCCAAUCCGUUUAAGGUUUCUGAAACCACCUCAUCAUUAUUCAAACAAGCAGAAAAUCAACAUAAUCAACCAGCUCCCCUCCGUCCUCAAGCUACAGCCGGAGGUUUAGAAAACUUACCUUCCAUACCUGUGUUUCCGGAAACGCAGCGAGAACAGCAGAAACAACAGACGUUGAAUAAUGCACAAAUGUCUCUCCAUGCGGCAGCUCAGCAGCAGCAGGCUGGAUUUCAGCAACAAUUCCAACCACAGUUCACGCAGCAGUUCACACAGCAGUUUCCUCAGCAAGGUCUGUUCCCCGGUCAAUCAAUGCAACAAGCCCAACCCAUACAGCAGAGUGUUUAUGCCAAUAACACCUACAAUGGGCCAAGCUUGAUUUAG